AAAAAAACAUUAUAUGAUUCAGAAAACGCAGGCCAUAGAAGGAUUCAACCAGAAUCGUCUAGUACCUUAAUCAAGUGAAAUCGCUUCAGGAAGGUUUCUGUUCCGUGAUGGGGAAUAGCUGCGCGAUUUUUCAUUUGGUGGGUUUCAUUAAUUUCUGAGAUUUCCUGGAAAUUGAAAAAAAAAACCCUUGGAUUUGGGAGCUUUGGAUUGAGUAGGCUGUGUUGUGUUGUUUGAUUGUGGCACUAAAAGGGAUUCUGAGAAAUGGGGAAGCCUUUGUUUUAUGAGAUCUUGGAAAAACCUGCCACGAGUUGUAUCAUAGGAUUAUGCAGCAUGAUUUGGUUCUAUAUACAGAAGAAAAAUAUUGGGUAUUCACACGUGGGUCUGAGUUAUGAGACGGCAGUGGAAGGGCAUUAUUGGAGGAUAAUUACUUCUGCUUUUUCUCAUAUUAGUGUUAUUCAUCUUGUUUUUAAUAUGAGUGCAUUAUGGAGUCUUGGAGUGGUAGAACAGCUUGGGCACUUAGGCCUUGGUAUUGAGUACUACUUGCAGUACACACUUGUGUUGGUUAUUGUAUCAGGAGUGCUAGUUUUGGCAAUGUAUCAUUUGUUGAUUCAGAGAUUCAAGCUUGAGUAUUUUCGUCGAGUGACAGCUGUUGGGUAUUCCUGUGUUGUUUUUGGGUGGAUGACAAUUCUGUCUGUAAAGCAACCAUCUUCCAAGUUGGAUCUCUUUGGGUUUCUUUCUCUCCCUAUCAGUUUUGCGCCGUUUGAAUCUCUUAUUUUCACUUCGAUCAUCGUUCCUCAGGCAAGUUUUCUUGGCCAUUUGUCAGGGAUUGUUGUUGGAUAUGCUAUAGCAUGGGGUUUGAUUCAUGGGAUGAGCAAUUACUGGGCACUCUCCUUGUUGGGAUGGAUUCUGCUUGUCUUUGUUUUUAGUUUGAAGAGAUCUGGUGCUCUUGACCUAAGCUUUCUUGAGAUUGAGUCUGUUACCGAUCCUUCCUUGCCUUCUGUGCGGUUUUUGGCAUCAAGCACUGGCAGAACACUUCAGAUGAGUGCUUUGCCAAAUGGAAAUGUUGAUAUUGUCUAAUGUUGAAGUCAUAUAUAUCUUGUGAUAUCAGAUGUUGCCUUGAUACAAUCUACAUUGAUAGCAAUGCAAUUCUAAUUCUUCCAAUAUAGAAUUUGUUUAAA